UCCCAACCAAAUAAAGCCUAACUAUUGGAAUUCUACUUUUUUUUUCCUGUUAAAACACUUCCAUUUUUCGCUCAAAAAAUUGUUGCUGAAAUCUCUCUACUCAAAUCUGCAAAUCAAUCAGCAAAGAAAUUCAAUUUCCUCUCUUUUCCUUGAAGGUGUCGAUCUAGCCUCGGUUGCUAAGUUCUUAUAGCUUUGGUGAAGGUGAUUCGGUUGAUAAAUUCACAUAAAUGGUUUAAUAAUUUGGUUUGCUUUUCGGCCGUCAAUCAUCUAGCUCCUUCACUUCAAAUUAAUUCUAAAGGGUGUUAGACAAAUUUGUCAAGCUUAACAAAAAGUACUACAUUAGCAUCACUCGACAAUACGACCGAUCCUUCAUCAGGUCAUGGAUUGUGGGAAGAAAGAGUGGUGGAAAUUUCCUAGAUGGUCAAAUGAAUACGAAAAUGGAGUUGAUGACUAUUUAGUCAAAGCUUUUGAAACUGAAGCACAAGGAGAUCAAAUAUGUUGCCCAUGUAACAAGUGUUGUCAUCGUUACUGGUAUCAUAGACAUGUGGUUAGGGACCAUAUCAUUUGUAAAGGUUUUAAACCUAGAUCGGAAAAACACAAUUCCGAGUCAAUGAUCAAUGAAGAAAUGCCAGUAUUUGAUUAUGGGGUUCAACCACAGUUCAACGAUGAUAUAGACAGGUUGUUGAAUGAUACUUUUAGAGGGGGGCCAGAUGAGGAAACAGAAAAGUUUUAUAAGUUAAUUGAGAAGGGUCAACAAGAAUCAUAUCCAGGUUGCAAGACUUUUUCUAAACUUGCCUUUACAAUCCGAUUGUUUCUUUUCAAGUGUGACCAUAGAUUAAGUAAUGUAGCAUUUUCUGACUUGUUGGAGUUGAUAAAGUGUCUUUUACCUGAUGCAAAGUUACCUGAUGUAGCUUGUUGUUUGAAGUGAUUAUGAAUUGCUGAAAUGAGUAUUAAAAUUUGAAACUGGAGCAAUUAUUAUCAUGUUGUUUACCACUAUAUUUAUGUACUAGGUUAACAGACUUGGACAUGGUGUCAAAUAUAAUAUACCAAUCUACCAAAGAACUUAGAAAUUUACUAAAGGUUUUGAAUCUCGGGCUGGGAUCUGAUUCGAGCUCAUUCAAUCAAGAAUCUGAAAGCAACUUGCUAGUGGUUCUUUUUGUUGUUGAUAGCAUUAUUGUUGAUAAUGUUGUAUUUAUUUAAUGCCUCAUAAAUUGGAGAAGAUGGUGAUGUUACAAUCUGAGCAACAGGGUGGGGAAUCAUCUAAAGAUCCUUAUGAUGAAGUGAUGGGUAAGGAUAAGCACAAAGGAUAUUUACGCCUUCAUGGAUCAGGCGUGACUAAGUCUAAGGUGCAAAGAAAAGGAAAGAAGCCAAGUUAUACACUUCCUGAAGAUUUCUUAGACAACAUGAAAGCGAAUUGGACUCGGGAAGUUGCACAAGAUGUUGCAUCUCUUGUACUUUCUCAAAUAAAGGCGGCUAAUCCUGAUAUUAGUAUUGUCAUCCCUGAUUUUGGAGGAACCCCAAGAGAUGAAUCAAAUGAUCAAAAUGGUGAGCAAGAUGGCAGAAUUUCCUCUAAAACAACUUCAGAACAUCAGGGAAGUAAUGUCCAUGAAGAAAGUGAUCUACGUGAUGAAUAGUAAUUUUAUGCGGUGGAAUUCAUGCGGUGGAAUUUGACGUAUUUUUAACUACUUAGUAGUAUAUUAUGUAAUAUUUUGAAAUAUGCAUUUUCUUAAAUAUUCCUUACCUUUUGCCUUUUGGUAGUAUAUGUAAUGUGACUUUAUAAUACUUAAUUAUGACGUUUUAGAAACUUGCGGGUGCAAACUCAUGUAAGCUACGAAAUAUUAUUUUGAAAUACAUCAAUCCUUCAGAUGUUAAUUAUA